AUGUAUACCUUACUGAUUGUACAGGUCAUAUGUGUAGGUAUCUCUCAUGCCUUUCUCGUGUCUGCUUCCGGGUGCAUGGCUCCUCCUCCCUCAUCCAAUUUUACCAAUGAACGUUACAAUGGAUUGUGGUAUGAAAUAGGUAAGAUCCAGACAGCAGGAGGAGGGUUCUUUGAAAAGGAUUGCGUAUGUACCACUAUAGGAAUCCAACCUAAAGCCGGCGCUACAAAUGGGGAUGCAAGUGCUUUUAAUAGCUGCCGAAAGUUAUCUCCGACUGGAGAUUUUCUAAAUGCUACAGGUGCUCUGACAGGUGAAGUUGUCCCUGGGCAUUGGAAAGAAGGCUUUUUCUUCCUUGCACCAAAGGCUGAUUACACAGUCAUCUACUUGGAUGAUAAUUACGCCAUUGAGUACGACUGUACUUCCGCUUUCUUCAUGACAAAUUACUGUAUCCAUUUGUUGGCAAGAAAACCCACAGCCGACGCAGCUGCAGUGACCAUGCUACUGGACUUUGCUAACGCACUUAAGCUUAAUACAGACCAACUCAUUUAUCAGCCUACUGUGCAGACUGGGUGUUGGUCAUAA